AUGCUGUUCAGAUCUUUGACUCGGUGGACGAAGAGUUGUUUCCGGUCUGGAAGCGACAAAGAUGAAGUCUCACGCGAAAUCCCUGAGAAGAAGGAGGAGGAGGAUGUUCGCGGACAGACCGCUGAUGUUGACGACACCUGUGUCGGCCUUCGCAGACCCCUCAAGCAACCCGAGUUCCACCAGGACAAACAUACCCUCGGUACCUUCCUGGCAUACAGGAUGGAGGAGAUCGGUGUGAAGGAUUACUUCGUGGUUCCAGGCGACUUCAAUCUCACACUGCUCGACCAGCUGCUGAAGAAUGACUCGCUCAGACUGGUCGGAUGUUGCAACGAGCUCAACGCAGGAUAUGCGGCAGAUGGAUACGCCCGCGCGUCCCCAGCCAGGGUCGCAGUCGUGGUCGUGACGUUCAUGGUUGGCAGCCUGUCGGUCCUCAACGCCAUUGCCGGCGCCUUGACUGAUGGCUUGAGUGUCAUUGUCAUCUGUGGCUGUCCGGCCACCAAGCUAUUGAAGGAUGACCGCCUGAUCCACCACGGCCUGAGCACAACCGAUUACGACCAAGCGCUGCGCAUGUUUCGGGAGGUGACUGCCUCUGCGGUGCGACUCGACAAUGCCGCCAAUGCGCGUGAGGUCCUCGAUCGCACGAUAGCAGAGUCGCUGACGAAGUCGAUGCCGGUGUAUAUCGAGGUCCCAGCAGAUGUGGGCACCGUUCCUGUCGGACGUCCAAGUCCACUGGUUAUCAACGAGCCUGCACCUUCGAAAGCAGACGCCAUCGCGGCAGUGAGUAACGCCUUUUCCCGUUCCUGGAACCAUGCCGCACAGCCGGUGAUGAUCAUCGGCCCACUGGCACGCGGCUGCCCGCAGCCCCUCCUGCUGGAUUUCAUCGAAAGGCUGGGGUGUCCGGUGUUCUGUCAGCCGGACGGCAAAUCCCUCAUACCUGAAGACCACGACCAGUUCUUCGGCACGUUCUGGGGGUUUGCUUCUGAUCCCGGAAUCGAGAAGCUUGCGCUGGAAUCGGACUUGUGGGUAGUCGUUGGUGGCCGGUGGUCCGAUCUUCAUCACUGGGGGAAGGCGGUUUAUGGUCCUGAAUCUAUCCGGACGGUCGAUGUUCAGGACGGAUACGUUGGAAUGCCCUCCGGCGAACGCAUCGAGGGAGUAUCCCUCAGGGCCACCCUGUCCGGCAUCAUCGGCGCAAGCCUAACCUCCAACUGCGAGACAUGUCGCCCCGUCAAGCCGCUCAGUGCCAACGUCACAGACACCACCACACCUGACCCCAACAUCCCCCUCCCAAUGACAACAAUCAGCCAAGGCAUCGGACAUCUCCUCAAGGGAAACGACACCCUAAUAGCCGACUCGGGCGACUCCUGGUUCAACGCGCAACGGGUCAGACUCCCCCGCGGGGCCGACUACCAGGUGCAGAUGAUAUACUCCUCCAUUGGGUGGAGCCUGCCCGCAACACUGGGAAUUCAACUCGCCCGUCCAGACGGAAGAGCAAUUCUCAUGAUCGGCGAUGGCGCCUUCCAAAUGACUGCGCAGGAGCUCAGCACGAUGAUCCGCGCGAAGGCGAAUCCGAUCAUCCUGGUCAUGAACAAUCUUGGUUACGUGAUAGAGACUGCGAUUCACGAUGGGCCGUAUAAUUAUAUCAGUAAUUGGGAUUACGCAGGCCUUGGAAACUGCUUUUCGAAGGCGUGGCAUGCGGUGGAUGGAGGGAGUAGGUUUGCCUCUGCGGAGGAGAGUGCGAGUCGGCUGGCUCCGGGCAUCAUUUCCUUGCGGGUGAAGACGGCGGGCGAGUGGCACAAGGCGUUGGAGCGCAUUGAGCGUGAGCCGGAGAAGCUCGCCAUUCUGGAGUGCUGCGUCCAUCCGACCGAUUACAGUGAGGGGCUGCGGCAGCUGGGGCCCGUGUUUCGAUGAGUUUGUAAGAUGUUGGGAUUUGUAGAGUACAGACGGGAGUUUUUACUUGGAUUUGUUCGGGUGGCAUGCAACUUGUGUAUCCAGAGUUUCUAAGCCUCGGUUUGGUAAAGUCACCGUCAUGAAGAGAGGGGCAGUGGUGUAUG